UAAACCCCCCGUUGUUAAUGAAAACCGACAUAGCUUGCAAGUUCACGAUCGCCGUAAUGCCAAUAUGAAGGAACUUUCUGCCAGUGACCGCGAAGUUUGAGACCAGUGAUUGUUUAAAGAUUUAACAAUCAUUUACCGUUUUUUGCAAUGUUCAAUUUCCAAGAUGAUCGACGAUUCUGGAAGGCAGCUGGUCGACAGGCUAAAAUUUUUGAUCAAAUGUAACUUGGUCUUCGUUAGGCCUUCUCAUGGAAAACAACAUGGAGAUAAUUCUAUGGAGGGAUAUCUUGAUCACUUUUGCGCUUUGGAUUUCUGCUAGAAUGGUUUCGGGGAGGGAAAAAUUUACAGUCAAAUGUGUGGGUAAACCAGCAAACUCACACUUGUGGAGACUGAAUCAAAAUCCACCAUCUUACCUAUUUGGAACAAUACACUACCCAUGGGAUGUGCUGUGGAAAAACCCUAAUCACAUACACAAAAAUGUAAAGUAUGCAUUCAGAAAAAGCCAAAGCAUUUAUACAGAACUGGAUUUUAGCAAUGUCACAACUCUUAAAGGUUUGCAGAAGUGUCGAUUUCUUCCAGGAAACUUGACUUUGAAAAAUAUCUUGCCACAAAGCCUUCUGACACGCUUGAGAAAACAUCUUGAACAUGUGAGGAGAUCAUUUGAGAGUUGGCUACCCAAAAACUUCAAUACAGCUUAUCCAAGAGCUUUAGCUGCAGACUAUUUGUACAGUGUAAUUACUCAGAACUGGAAGAGAAAAAGACCUGUUUGGCUAGUGGUUUUAAUUAUGCUCGAACUGACACCCUCAAACAUCAAGAGGCAGCAAAUGGAUAUCUUAGAUUUGUUUUUGACAAAACGGGCAAAACAGCAAGGGAACAGUAUUGGAGGUUUGGAAACAGCAGAAGACCAAUGUGAUCCAUUCAACAGCAUUAAUAACAGACAGGCCAUCUUCUUGCUGAACUAUACGCUUCACCUGCAAGAACUUAUUCGCAGUGGGAAGAUGAAACCUGAGCACGAAAGCGAGCAAAACAAGAUCUUAAAGGUUUAUUUAUGUGGAAAUCUAGAGAAAGGUAUCAUCACUGGUUCGCGUCGACUUCUUGUUAAUAGCAAUGCGAGACACCAUGUUCCAGCAAGCCAAGUAAACAAAAUCAUCCAAAUAGAAGAAUACCUCAUGAAGAAGUUGGUUUAUAAGAGAAACGUGAAGAUGGCAAGAAGGAUUGAUGAAAUUUUGAGAGCAAACAAAUCAGUGACAUUUUUCUUUGCCAUUGGCACAGGUCAUCUGUCUGGAAAGUCUUCAGUAGUUGAGUUAUUAAAAGAAAAAGGCCACAAAAUAGACCACAUUAAACCACUCGAUAUGCUAGCAGGGCAACGCAGGUGGGAGAAAAGGCGAGAGCGACGAAGGGCUAACAGGAGACGUGGGCAGGAAAAGGAGACUUUAAGCUUUAAUUUCCAUCGUACUGCAAAGCCCAGAGUGACGACAACAAUCAGAACAACAGUUGCUGUACGGAAAGACAGAAACAAAUUUGGUGAUGGCACAGUGGAUAUGUCUCCAACAAAUUCUACGGAUAAUGUUUCAACAGAGAACGACAAACAACCAUAUGUCUACUACUACACAAAUUCAAACUCAAAAGUUGCUGAUGAUGUUAGCAUUAUGAUGGUAUGCUUGUACUUGAUUUACAUCUUGCGACAGGUAGUGACGUAGAAAGCGAGGUAUCUAACCCACACGGGUAUGUUCUUCGUGUUUCCACUGCGAGACUACGGCCUGUUAUUGAUGAAAGAGAGGCCUAUACUCCAAUCAGUUGCCAAAGCGAAUUCUAUCAAAUGCCAGAAUGAUGUGAAAAAGUCAGAAGGUGUUGCAGAUUUAAACAUAAGUACAGAGAAGCGAAACUGAAAGAUGUGCUACGCCUACCGAUUUGUGUAUCAUUUGUACUUGUGAUGUGAAAUAACAACAGGCACUCAGAAAAAUGUAAUGCUAAGCACUCAGAAGUUAAUAUGGAAACAGCAGCUACAAGAAACAGCUAAAUAAUUUAUAUAUCCCACAAUUUUUAUCCACAAAAUUGCUCCUUUUCACAAAGAUAUUGAUAGUUGCAACGAAAACAUUCGUUACUAGGAGCGACAAUUUGUCUAUAAUGUAUUUAAUUUUUUAAACGUUUUUUUUUUAAACCUGUGGUUUUAGAAUCUCGUUGUAAUAUAAUGCCACGAAGGAAUUCAGAUGGGUAUGGCUUUUUAGCUAGAUGCCAGGGCUUUGAGAGGCAUUAAGCACAUGGUCCCAUGUUUCAGAAAGGUUUAUUGGUUUUUUAAACACUCCUAUGCAAAUCCCAUUUCAACCCCAAGGUAAAGUUGACCCUGGCCUGUGAAGGGAAUCACAUCGAGUGCCGAUCCUACUGUAUGCCCCAACAACCCUACCCCAACUCCAAAUUUUGCUUGUCAGAACUUGAUUGCCCCCAUAUCCCAAUAGACCUAAACUUUGUCUUGUUAACUGGUUCGUGAUCUCUAGAUCCUAGAUAUUCCAUAAAUCUAAGCGCGGUAGUGAGCACAAGUUCGCUAUAACUAAAUUGUUGGCGUUAAUUAGCUUUUUAGCUAUAUGUAUUUUUUUGUUCUUUCUUGCCAACGUUAAAGGAAUUGUUAAUAAUAGCAAAAGCAAACUUUCGGAUUCUUUAGUGAUAUAUUUUCUUCUAACUAUGCUAUUCAAUGAAUUUUAACGAUUGGCUUCAGCAAGAUACUCAAAGGGGCCUAUCAAAAUCGAACAAGCAAGUUAGCUAUGAGUAUUUUUCUUAACGUUGGUACCGCACGUACAGGCCUUGCACGUAUGCGAACUUCGAGAACCGCUCCAAUUUACGUCUCCUUAUCAACUGAUACAAAUAUGUUCAGUUAUAGGCAGCCUCUCACUACCAAACAGUUUGAAACGGGGAUAUUUUAUUAAAUUCUUUAUUAAACUGUUGUAAUGCAUCUAGUCUUCAAUUGCCAUGAUUAGAGCGAGAGUGGUAGCACAGAGCUCACGAGCUCUCUUUUUAACUGGCUGUUAUUUGCAGUUUCUGUCCAGUUUCUCAAUUCGUUUAUAAAUAUAAGUGUCCAUCAAAACGAGAUCUGAGUAAAAAACUCUCCCUGCGAAUAUAUUUAAAGUUUCAUAAAUUUAAAGGCUCAUAAUUCCAGUGAAUGGGAAAAGUCUCUUCUCAUCAAAUUGAUCUUUUGGAAUUUAACACUUGUAAACUGAGUCGCUUUUGGGCGUUAAUGUUCAUUUGUGUUUUAUUUAAGCUGUUUAGCCACUUCAGUCUUGGUAUGGAUCGAUUUCAAGUCAUACCAAGCAGGUAAUUAGGUUCGAAAGACUUAUAUUUUAAAGAAUACUGUCGCGUUAUAUCUUCAGUGGGUUGUCAAAAUGGGCCUAGGUGUGCCAGUCCAGUAGACUGGCCGGGAUGAGCGUCUAAUACCGUAUUUAUGCAGUAUUAGUUUGUUUAAAGUUUGGUUUCCCAAAUCACAUUUGGGUUUUAGGGUCUGAGAAUAUCUGAGACAACAUUAGCAUCACUGAUAAAUAAUAUGUAACUAGAUGUGCAGUUUUUAUAACAUCUAUUUUCGUAUGAGCAAGCAUGCUUUUUAACAUCUAAACUUUGCAGAAUCUUUUGAGGAAUCAAGUCAGUCGAACGAUGUAUCGUAUCUGUUGAAUAUAUUUUUAUCAUGAGUAAUUUGUAUUCGAAUUUUUAUAUGUAUAUAUUUUUAUUCAGUGUUGUUAUGUAUAUAACAAGAUUUAAUCGGCAAAUGAAAUCAAAAUGC